AUGCUCUCGCCCAGCCCUGCCCUCAGUGGGCCCUCGUCAAAAUGUGCAAGAACAUCAGCAUCCAAAACAAACUUCGCACAAGUAGAAUUCGGCAAUACUGAUCCAACGUGGGAGCAGCUCAAUUCGAGCCUUGCAUAUCUCGACGAAGUCGUACACGAAUCCCUACGAAUACACCCACCCGUUCCAGAGACCAGGAGAGUAGUGCGUAUUCUACCCCUCAGCUUACUCCUCGUGAAGGCAGUAGAAGAUAACAUCCUUCCUCUUGCUACUCCCGUAGUGACCAAGUCUGGGGAGACGAUUAACAGUAUCUUCGUUGCCAAAGGAGAACUCUUUACCGCCCCCAUUCAGAUGCUGAGAGCAGAGGAGAUAAAGGGCCAUCGCUUCCUCCUGACAUUCAUAAAUGGAACUCUUGGGGAGGUAUUCGCCUUAGCUGAGUUCAAGUCAGUUUCUUCAGAAAUCUUGCUGAAGAUCUGGUUCUAA